AUGGCCAUAACUCACGCUGCGGCUGAGUACGUUUUCUCGGACUUUCUGCUGAAGGAGCCCUCGGAAUCCAGGUACAAGGGGGUCAGGCUCGACCUGGCGGUGGACAAGAUAGUCACCUUGGUGUCAGCGGGCCUGCCCCUGCUCCUCAUCUCGCUGGCCUUCGCUCAGGAAAUCUCUGUGGGAACCCAAAUUAGCUGUUUUUCUCCAAGUUCCUUUUCUUGGCGACAAGCUGCCUAUGUAGAUGCCUACUGUUGGGCCUCAUUGCAUCGAUAUUUACCCAAGCAAGAAACCGAGAGACUUCCACUGUGGCUUCAUAAGAUUUUUCCAUAUGUCCUUCUGCUUGUGGCGAUCCUCAUGUAUAUUCCAGCCUUGUUCUGGCGUUUUACAGCAGCACCUCAGCUCUACGGUGAUCUGACUUUUAUAAUCGAGCAACUUGAUAAGGCCUACAACCGGGGAAUCAGACUAGCACAGCACAUUGUCAGUACCAGUGGCUAUGAUGCUAACAGCUGCUUCCGAACUGGUGGUGAACAAAGCAGCUCUAGAGAGAAGAAAGAGAAUUUCUUUCAAUUUCCAGUUGUGGAGCGUUAUUUAAAAUCAAAAGAAGACUCCUGCAGCUUGUUGAUUGUGUACUUGACCCGCAAAGCAAUGGUUCUCAUCUUCCUGAUACUAGCCUGCAGCUACCUGGGUUAUUACAUCUCUCUGACGUACCAUACUGAUGAGUUCAAAUGCUCUAUUAGAACAGGCAUUUUGGGAAAUGAAACCGGCAUUCCAGAGUUUUUCCAGUGCAAACUUAUUUCUGUUGGAAUUUUUCAACUGCUGAGCAUCAUCAACUUUAUCGUGUAUAUCCUACUCGUACCAGUCACAGUGUACAGCAUGCUCUUUCCGUUAAGAAGGAACCCCACUUUUCUUCAGGUGUAUAAUCUCCUGCCACAGUUUGAAGUGAUGAAGGUGUCCAAAGGAUCGUGGAAUGACUUGACUCUGUACCUUCGAUUUUUGGAAGAGAAUGUCAGUGAAAUAAAAUCACAUAAAUGCCUCAAAGUAUUGGAACACGUAAAAGACAUGGGAAUUGCUGAAGCAAUGGAUGUAUUGUUGCCUCUAAUUGCCCUUGGACAAGUCAAAUCAGAUGUGGUCGAUGGUUUGAAUAAAGCUAAGAAAGCAGAGCAGAAGUCAGAGACAGACCUAGAUAUGAAUGCAGCCCAAAUGAAAGUUGCGAGAACUAAACCGGAUUCGGUAGAAGACGGGACCAGAUCUGCUGAUGAGGAGAGGGAAGAGAACAUGAACGUACGCCAAAGACUUAUCGAGUCUCAGAUCAGUAGUUCAAACUGUUGAAACAGGAAAUAUCCAAACACCAGACAUUGAACAGCUGUACAAAGCAAGCUGCGGAUUUGUUGGAGGUCAGAUGUGCGAUUAGAUGUUACAUUGUGUUGUCCUUCCAGUUGAAUUGUUUUGUUACUUGGAAGAAAGAACAAUAUGUGUGCAGGCUCCUGUUGUUUGUUAUUAACUUGUUUCUUACCUUUUAUUAAAGUUUGUACAAUUGUUAUUUUGGUCUGCAUGGUGAGUGUGCAUGUGAGUAGAAUGCAGAUUAAUAAACCUAGUUUACUGGAUUGAGGCAGCAAGAUAGAGACUGCAUACUGGAGGUGUUGGACUCAGAAAUGUAUUUUAUGUAUUUAUAUUAAGGUUGUUUGAAUAAAGCAAUCGUUACGUUUGUUGCUGAGGAUUUUCCUGAGUAGAGUGAAGCUGCUAACUGCAUUGGUGCUGAUACAAAAAAGGAAACUGCUUCAGUCAGUUGCUAGUAGAACAACUUUGAGCUGGAGAGAUAUAUUCCUGUCUCUCAGUAGCCGAUUUGAAAAAGCUGGUUGUCAGACUUUGCUCAUCAAUCUUUGCACAA